GCAGCUCAUCUAUCCAUCUCUCACUCACUUCACUUCAUUGAAAGUCUAAAUAUUACGUGAAAAGACCUGGAAAAGUGGAAAAACAGUUUUUCUUACACAAAAUUGUUAUAAUUAAUUAUACCAAAUGGACGAAGAAGGAGAAAAUAUUUUAUUAGAAGACAAUUACUACCAAUUACUGAAUGUGUCUAAAACGGCCACCCCAGAAGAAAUAAAUAGUGCUUAUCGCCGAUUUUCACGUAUGUUCCAUCCUGACAAACACAGUACUGAUCCAAACAAACAGAAGUGGGCUGAGCAAAUCUUUAAUAAAGUCAAGGAAGCAUAUGAAGUGUUAUCAGAUUCACACAAGAGAGCUAUUUAUGAUACACUGGGAAAACAUGGCUUGGAAGUUGAUGGCUGGGAAGUAAUUUUUCGUACCCGAACUCCUAGAGAAAUUAGAGAAGAAUAUGAAAGAUUAAAACGUGAAAGAGAAGAGCGAAGAUUACAACAGAGUGCCAAUCCAAGGGGUACCAUUACUCUAUCUGUAAAUGCUACAGACCUGUUUAUGAAAUAUUAUGAUGAGUAUGAAAUUAUGGAAGACACUGCUAUCAUACCAAGCAUUGAAGUGUCAGGAAUGACUAUACAACAAUCAAUCGAUGCACCAGUAACCUUAAGAAAUACUAUGACGCUUUCAGGGAAUAUUUCUACACAGAAUGGCAUAGGAACUGGAUCUGUAAAUCUUUGUAACCGCCACCUAAGUUCUGAAAAGGGCUGGACAGAAGUGGAACUUGGAAUCGGGAAUGGGCCACUCUUAGGUUUUAAAAUAUUCCGGACAUUGUCUCGUUUAAUGUUUUUAAACUGUGGUACUGUGCUACAGUUCACUCCUAGAGGAAUAUCUCCAAGUCUUGUUUCAACUUUGGCUCUCCAGCUCGAUACACAUUCAGUGGGUUACCUCACAUACCGCGCGGGAGGACAGGGUGGAUCUUCAAUGACUUCCAUAUAUGUCCGCGACUCUGAGAAAUAUCACACCAACACGGCACUCCAGAUCGGCAAUCCGCACUCUUUCAUAUCCUUCAAUAUAAUGAGGAAGCUACCACAGCACGAUAUGAAGCUGAGAUUGGCUUUGAAGUUCGGUACAUUCGGCGCGAUUGCCGAGUAUGGAGCAGAGAAGAAAGUGUCACAAAACAGUAGCGUCUCAGCUGCAGUCAUGUUGGGUGUGCCUAGUGGUGUAAUGCUCAAAUUGAAGUGGACUUGUUCGUCACAAACAAUAGUGGUUCCUAUACAUCUGUGCGAGGAAGUGAUGCCGUCGCCGGUGUUCUACGCCACGGUUAUUCCUCUGGUUUCGUGGCUGGUGCUGAAGAAACUAGUACUAGAUCCCAUAGCAAGAGAGCGGCAAGAACGGGAAAGGCAACGGUCAAUGGAAGCUAACUUUGAAAGAUUGCAAGAAAUGCAGCGUCAAGCGCGUGCGACUGUCGAGCUGAUGAGAGAAACGUAUUCGCGGAUCAGAAGUGACGAAGAGAAGAGGAUGGGGCUAGUUAUUAUCAAAGCGGUCUACGGAAAAUUGCCUUCGGGUGCUUCGAGUCACGAGAUCGCGGCCGAACAGACGGGCGAUACGGCCACGUCUCCAGAAUCGCCAAGCCUCUACAGCGAAGUGAUCGACGUCACCAUCCCGAUACAGUGUCUCGUGAAGGACUCCCGCCUGGAACUGUUGGAGGCCAGCAAGUCUGAAUUGCCCGGCUUCUUCGAUCCGUGCGUGGGCGAUGACAAGCACCUCACGAUCCAAUACAUGUUCCACAACAACUUGCACAGCUGCACAGUAUCAGAUAUGCAAGCCGUCGUUCUGCCCCGCAAUAAUCAUAGGGUGAAGAAUCGUUCCUGAAAUUUAACACAAAGGCGGGGUGUGCUUCAUAGACGCGAAAUCGGCUACCACCUCCGAAAAUAAACAGGCGUUUGUUAUGACCGACCAUUAGCGGAUU